AUGACGCAAGAUAAAAGAGAGAAGCUCGGUGUCAAGACGAACUCCAGCUCAGCAAAAUCAAGAACUGCCGACCAAAGGGCCAAAAAGAAACUUUCUGCCACUCUGCUCCUGCAAUGCUCGUCCUCCCAGCCUGCAGGCUGGUCAAGGUGGCGCACGGCCCACGGUGGCCUCCAGAGCUGGCAUCCGGCACUGCUGCGGCCUGUGCUGCCCAUCAUCCCGGGCUGCAGGCUGAUCGUGGCGGCCAGCGGCCCACGGCAGUCUCCGGAGCCCAUCCUCCCGGCCUGCAAGUGGUGCAUUUUGGACGCCGAGGAUGAACUCUCUGAACACCAGCUGGAUUUACUGCCAACGGAUAUACGGGAGUGGCUGACUGGGACCUUCACCACUAAAACAGAAGGAUGCAAAGCAAAACCUGAGGAGGACAAAGCAAAACGCCGGAUUAUCUCACAAGCAGUUGAAGGCAGCACUUCGGUAAUACGGCAGUUCCGUACGAGUACCAGUUCCACCGGCAUCGCAUAUCCAGCAGAAGUGAUUGCGGCUUUUAAGGAGGUCGAUAAGUGGACUUUCGAUGUGUUUGCCUUAAACGAAGCUAGUCAAGGGCAUAGCCUGAAAUAUGUUAUGUGCGAAGUGUUCAAUAAAUAUGACCUCCUAAGCCGUUUUCAGAUUCCUCUCACCAUCCUAAUAGCCUUUGCGGAAGCGCUGGAAGCGGGCUACAACAAAUACCACAAUGAGUAUCAUAAUGCAAUCCAUGCAGCAGAUGUGACCCAAACGGUGCAUAGCAUCUUGCUGCAUACUGGCACCAUGCACUGGUUUACUGACCUGGAGAUAUUAGCCAUCUUUUUUAGCGCCAUCGUCCACGAUUAUGAACAUCCAGGGACCACCAACAACUUCCAUAUCCAAACAAAGUCAGAGGCUGCACUUCUGUAUAAUGAUACGUCUGUCCUUGAAAACCAUCACUUGAGCGCUGCAUAUCAGCUUGUGCAAAAACCAGAAUUCAACAUCCUGGCUAAUUUAACCCCAGAGGAAUGGAGGGAAAUGCGUCAACUAGUUAUUAAGACGAUCUUAGCGACAGACAUGUCAUGUCAUUUCCAGCAUAUGAAAAACACUCUUCGUGGUCUGCAGCAACAGGAGAGGCUGGACAGAAGUACAGUCAUGUCUACAAUUGUACAUGUUGCUGAUAUAAGUCAUCCGGCAAAGCCUUGGGAACUGCACCAGCGCUGGGUGGCAGCACUAAUGGAAGAGUUCUUUAAACAGGGAGCCAUGGAAAUUCAACUGGGACUGCCAAUUUCGCCACUCUGUGACCGUGAGACUACCAAUAUAGCUGAAUCUGAAAUAGCCUUCAUAGAUGUCAUUGUAAAACCGGUAUUUACUCUUCUGUUUGAAGUAGUACAGAAAGUCAUUGUUCCCUUUCUACAAAAAGUGGCUGCUUCUUCUAAAGGACCUUGUGGCAGCUCCAUCACACAGCCUGGCCCCGGCACUCAACUGGCUUUCUGCGGCUGCGUGGUGGGCUGCCAGCCCAAGGAAGUGGCCGGCCAGCCCAGGCCGGUUGUCCAGCCUCCUGUAUGCAAGAGUGGGCUGCCCAGCCUCCAAUAA